CCCCAUGGCCACCUUGCACACCUGCGGAAUCGACAGCGUUCAUCGACGCCUAGGACGGCUCACGCUGAAGUCGGACAGUGCUCCAACAUCCCACCGCAGUACUCACAAUGAUCUCCAAAAUGGUGUUCCGCUCGUUGUUCCUGUUGCCGCAGUGCCUUCUGGAUACCAUAUUCCGAUUCCAGUCCACUCCAGAACUCGGCUCCAGUAGGUUCAUCCAUCCCUAAACGAGGGACACGCAAUCGCGAUCAAGCGGGUCCCUUCAUCACUAUAAAUCAUGCCUCUCUCUUCUUCCAUCCCUGGCUUUGUACCUCCCCGACAGCGCGUCCGCAUUCCUCAAGCACAAUGAAACGUCUCACACUCGCCCUUGCGCUGUUCUGCACGGCACGCCCGUCCUUGGCAGCCUUCUGCAACUAUUUCUCCACAGGACCAGUGGCAAACGGGACGUUCAUCCGGACCGCAAAUGCAACUCUCGUCAUUCCACCUCAUAGCCCCAAAACGGGAUUGCUGUCGCUGUGGACGGGCAUGGGAACGAGCAAUGGAGAUCUAAUUCAAGCACUGGUGGAAUCUUACAAUGGCUCGGCCGAUACCGGAUGUGGCGUCCUGCCCAAACAGGAUUGGUGUGCGUAUUCGAGCACGCUGAGCGUCAAUGGCAAGAAACAAGGCCAGAUCGGUGCGCGGCAGGUGUUGGUGAAGCCCGGCGACCAUGUCCAACAAAGCUAUAUCUACAACGACGCGGACGGGUUAUACGAUCAGUAUACCCUCGUUAACGGCCGGCUGACCUCGACUCUCCGAACCCGUUCGGGGCAUGCGCAGGGAUGGGGCACGGCAGAAGAGUGCCAACCAGAAGAGCCCUGUGGACCAGUUCCGGCUCAUCAUUGGAUCGAUGUGGUGCUUGUUUUCGACAGUGCCGACCCGUCGUACGGGGCCACCGUGGGAACGAAUGGAGCUUCGGGGAAUCUUGUGACCAAGGAUGGCGGCGUCGUUUGGACUGCAGCGGAAAUUCACAUUAACGCGUGCGACUUCAAUUUCACCGCGUCGUAGUCGACGAAGGAAUGCAUUCGGCUCGGGAAGGUACGGCAGUUCUCUGUCAGACAGCGCCCGUCAGACACCGCUCGUCAGCCACGCAAUA